CAUUGCGCAAACGCCUGACUAUUAUUUUUUUUUCCAAAACAAAGCGAUAAAGAAGGGCACCUCAUUCAUCUGUGUUCAGAUGGAAAUAAGGCGGCGGGAUAGCAAGAGGGCGACUUGCACUACACAGGACUUUCUGUUUCGUUUUCCGGAGUAUUCGUCUGGUUUCUCCGGUCAAGGUGACCUGGCAACGUCUACGUGCGAGUGUAUACCCCGAACAACACAGCCUUUCUCUUCGCUUCUCUCAGUCACGUUCGGUCUUCGUGCAGUCCAAUAAACCGUCCAACGUCGAGUAGGACUGCUUUGCUGCUUGUGUUGUGCUGUGCAGCUACGCCAAGGUCGCUAGUCGGUCAAACGAUCACGUGUGCUGCCUGCUCCACUCAUCUGCUUGUCAUCUGUUCAAAAAAUAAAGUAGUGACGCUUGUCUGGAGAAGUCGGUGUGAAUCCUCCCUACAUUACCGAAAUCUCUUUGAAGGUUCGUGCUCUGUAUUAGGAAAAAGCGUAACGGGAGGACCAAGAAGGACCAGAAGGCUCAACAUCAAUGUGUUUGGCUGAUCAUGAAUCUGGAGACGCUCUCCUCACCUGGAGGAGAUACAGGAGCGGCCUGUUCGCUUAGUUCCUUGUUGGCUUUAGGUUGUCGUUCUCGGGCUGAAGCGGCCCAUUCGUUCGCUAAGAAACUUCAGACAAAAUUGUGGUCUUUGAGCCCUUUGCAGUCAACUACCGAUGACGAGCUGUCAUCAGCUAGACAGUGCCACGAAGAGGAUCUCUACAAUUCUUGGGCAGUUGAAGCUCGUUUUGAUUUGAACAGUAAGCGCGUGGAAAGUGUUGUCACUAGCGUACCGCUGAUCACGCCCAAUCGAUCCGCAGACAAUUUAUCCAGCGUCGUUUAUACGACUUCAGAUUUUCAGCUUAACAAAUUACCGCUAGUUUCAUCACCGAACGAGUCAUUUGCAAAUACCAUGGACUCAAGCACAAAUUUCAAUAACCGUAAUGCCCUGGACGGAAGCUGGGUUAACUACCAUAAGGAUCGUGAGGUACAUUCGUCUGCGUCAUCAGGGCGGAGCCUAGAUCAAGAGUCAGACUCGAGUAGCACGACAACGACAAACCCAAUGUCAGAUAGUGACCAAUAUUUUGAUUUUGGAAUCGAAACACCGGUCGACUUGGAUAGUGCCGGGGAAGAAACGGUGGUUCAUGAACCACCGAUUGUGAUCAACUGUGACGACGGCCUCCCAGGGAGGGGCCAAGGAGACGGCAUGGAAUCUGGCUACAUAUUCGGCAGUCCUACUCUGAGCGGAGAGGAGGAUUCAGACAAUUUAAAAGACAGGGAGGAAGAGCCUUCAUUCUACGAGAGUCUUUCGCAAUCCCCGGCAUCUGCUGGGUUUGCCCAGAAAGCCAAUCAUGACCGAUUUAACUUUAACCACUCCUACGGUGCCCACGUGUGUGAACCCUUUCUGGAUCGCUCUGACGCCGUGAAUACUAAUAUUGAUAUGAACGUGUCUGGCCACAACGGGCUUGCCACAACUGAGAUGCCGGUUAGCAACACUACCCAUGAUAACGCGCUUGCGCAGUCGGUACCCGUUGAAAUGCCACCGACGCUUCGUGAAAUGGCAGCGCGUGCAAGCCUUGCUCUUCAAGGAGAGUUAGAGGGCGACACGAGCAAUGAUUUCUUAACCGACAACGGUUCCUUAACUGAACCGUUGCAAAGCGAGAUCAUUCAUUCCUCGCAAUCCGUAUCACCCGGUUCGCCAAUUUCAAGUCCGCGUGAAGCCUUUCCAGACAGGCAUUGCUUUCGGGAAGAAAAAUUGGGGGCUGCUAGCGUACAGGUGUCUGAUGUAUUGGCUGAUCUUUUCAAACUUAAACUAGACAUGGUUCGACUCGAUCCUAUUAUCAGCGACCAAUCGUUUGGUGUAACUGCUGACAUCAAAGACUUUCAUGCCGACGAGUAUGAUCUGCCCAUUGAAAAUGGAAAAGAAAUGGACGAUCGACACAUUGUCAAUGACAAUGUCAACGUCAGGACUGAGUCUCCUGCGAUCGAUGUAGCCUCCAACACCAAACCGGAGGUUGACGAUGGAUACAGCCAGACGAGUUCCGAAGUUACGUCAACGAAAGAAUCUACCCCAUCAAAGGAAGAAGAAGAAACGGACAAUGAAAACGACGACCAACACAAUCGACCUCGCGUGCAACGUAGCACAUCUCUCAAAACAUGCAAGACACCCCCAGGAACUCCAGGUGGGAAAAAGAUUGUUCGAUUUGCCGAUGCCUUGGGUCUCGAUUUGGCCCUGGUUCGCACGUUCUUAGACGAAGUUCCCCACGUACCCCAAUCGGCCUUCGACGAUUUGGCCGUUGCCCCGACGCAAAAUGAAUCGUCACUAGCUCGUUCAGCACAAACGGGUUCCUACAUCCGCAUUACACGCCGAGAUCCAAGCACCAAUAAUUCUGUCACCACAUUUGUCAAUAGUCCACGUAUUCUCAUCGCCAAUUUCACCCAACCGGGGAAUAUGCCCGACUUCCUGGAUAGGGUUAAACGACAAAAGAUUUCCCUGGAAACAGCCUGCAUGGUGGAUGAUAGCAGAUUACGUGGUGUCGUUCGCGUUCUCAAUCUUGACUUUCAUAAAUCUGUUCUAAUUCGAUUCACGGUUGACGAAUGGCGUACUCAAGCCGACCAGGCAGCUACUUACGUGCCCGACAGCUGCGACGGGCUUUCAGACCGCUUCACUUUUAUACUGGCAGGUGCCCAAACAAUGCAGCCGGGGCAAAGACUCAUCUUCGCCAUCUGUUAUCGUGUUGCCGGCCAAGAGAUCUGGGAUAGCAAUCAGAGCAAAAAUUACGUGUUCCAGUGCAUUUCCAAUUCGAAUUACCUGCCCUCUAUUGCUCUAAAUAAUCCGUUGGCUGUAUCUGACACUUUCUUGCCCUAUAUGUAAAAAUUUUCUUGAAUAUGAAAUUAACAUCACGUUACUACGUGGUAAAGGGAGGCUAUAUCUCCCACAUCCCACUCGAUACGAUUCAACCUCCUUCUUGAACGAAAUUAUUUUCUGCAUAGCUAUAAAAAACGUAUAUAAUUUUGAACCGUUUUACAGAUGGUAUGGGUGUUGAUAAUUUCUCCAAUCAUUAAAGAAUAUUAUAUAGACACGAUAUUGUACAAAACCUAUUAGUUUUCAGUGCUUAAAGAGACGCGAUAGAUGUGAAAUAGAAACAUAGUUACUAUAUGAAGCUGUUUUAAAUAAAUAUUAACAUUGUCAAUGGAACGUUUGGCCAUAUUAUUUUGUUAUGUUUUCAUUUUAUCACACUUGUUGUCUUCCCGUAUUCUUGUAUGCCACUAAGACUGCAGUUGAUCACGUCUGGAGAAAAAAAUCGAAGCAGUUUUUACGUACAGCUUGGAUAGGAUUUUCUGUUUGGUUGUGAUGGUGGAUACCUAAUGGGCAGGGUAGGAAGAUUUUAAAUUGGAAAUGUAAUUGUUAAUCGCAAGAAGCUAAAUAAAGACCGAAGGGUGCAUCCACAUACAUCACUGGGAUUGAAUGGCAGUCAUAUGUUUUUAAAAUUGCUUUGAAUGUCAAUAAAGUUUCAAACUACUAGAGGCAGCUAUUGCUGGUCACGAAAAAGAAUUUGCAUACUAUUUAUUGUUGGUGACGAAACAGCUCUUCUUCCUCGCCAGAUUUGGAUUACUUAUUGACAUAUCGCUGCCGUCCCGCAUGUCAAAUAAAAUAUACACCCUCCUGUCAAAUCCAUGGUCAAAUGUUUUUACUUUUCAUUAUCGUUCACCGACUGAUACCAAUUUAUCGAUGGACUACCAUACCCUCCGUUUAAUGUAUACCAUAUUCCUUAUUAUACACUAAACUUAAAAGGCAAACUAAAUAAGGUUGUAAAUCAAAUUAAAGAAGAAUUUAUUCACUUGUUUUCGUUGCACUAUAUUUAACAUGAUGACUGUAAAGACCGUCUAUAAAAUACACGUAAACGUUGGACGC